AUGCUCGGCGCGCGAUCCGGCGGCAUCCUCACGGGCGAGGAUGUCGACAACAUCCGCAACAUGCUCUUUGACGCCGACGCCGGCGGCGACGUCGUCUUUCUCGUGAACGCCUUUGCGGCGUACGCGGCGGCGCGGCUGGCCAUCGAGUUUGUGCUGCCGGGAAAGCUGCGCGGCUACACGCACCAGCAGUACGUCGUCACGCUUGCGCAUCAGGUCGUGGCGCUGCCCGUGCUCGCCGUCUGCUGGGCCGCCGGGCUGCUCGCGAGCGGCGGAUCUGCGAGCGGCGGGCCGAGCGAGGCGCCCGGGCUCAUCUACCUGCUCACGGGCGCCUACGUGCUGUCCGACUCGCUCGUCAACUACUCGCCCAUCUCCGCCGCCAUCGCCGGCAGCGCGGGGCCGCCCACCUUUAGCUGGGGC